GCGCCGCCUCCGGCCGCGGUGCAAAUGGUAGCGGAGCGCGGCGGUAUGGCGGCUGGCGGGGCGGCGGAGCGCGGCGGGCUGGAGGCGAUGCUCGGCCGCCUGCGCGGGCUGCGGGAGCGCUGGGCGUGGGGCAGCCGGGAGCGAGGCGCGGCAGCCGCCGAACCGGGCCCCGCGGACGGCGGCGGGGAGGAAGCGGAGGAAGUGAGCGCCCUGCAGGCGCUGCCGAUCGACGUGCAGCUGUACAUCAUGUCCUUCCUCUCGCCCCAAGACUUGUGCCGCUUGGGAUGCACGAGUUGUUACUGGAGGGUGGCUGUGCAGGACCCCCUGCUGUGGAGGAAUUUUCUCCUGCGGGAUCUCCCGUUUUGGACAUCUGUUGAUUGGAAGUCUCUCCCAGCUGCAGAAGUGUUUAAUAAAGCCUUUUCAGAAGUCAGCGAUGAAGCCCUGUAUGAUUACAUGGCAGCAUAUAAAAAAAGCUGUCCUCAGACCAGAAGAAGUUUGAAAUCAAGCCGCCCUCGGUAUGGUGCUGUGACUUCCUUUUUGCAGUCACUGGUCACUCAGUCAGAACCUCGCUUUGCUAUGUUUGGUCCGGGUUUGGAAGAGCUGGAUGACUCCUUAGUACGAAAGAUGAUGACAUGCCCAGAAAUCCUGCUAGUGGCUGGCUUACCUCAAAGACAAAUUCAUGGAAUUGGAUCAGGAGUCAGUUUUCAGUUGAAUAGCAAUCAAAAAUUCAACAUUGUGACAUUGUACUCAACCACCAGUGUGGAAAGGAAGAGAGCAAGAGAAGAGCAAGCUGCUGUUGUGAAUAAGAUGUUCUACCAAGAGAACAGCAUUGUAGGGAAUCAGCAAGCUGUGCAGUACAAUGUAAUAGCUCAAGUUAAAAAGGUGUGCGAAGUAGCUGAUGGAUUCAUUUAUGUUGCUAAUGCAGAAGCUCAUAAAAAGCACGAUCGUGAGGAGGAACUGGCUCAUAUUUUGGCUAUGAUUGAUCCAGCCCUUGGACCUCCAAACAGACCUCUGCUAGUUCUGUCUUGUGUCUCUCAUUUUGGUGUGGAAAGGAUUCCUUGUGUUUUUAUGGCACAUCAGCUGCAACUAAAUCUGCUACCUCGACCCUGGAUGGUGCAGGACACUGUAGCUGCAACUUUAAGUGGAUUGCUAAGUGGAAUUCAAUGGCUCUUGGAGGAAGUGGAUUGUAAAAAUGCACAAUAAUGGAACUUAUUUUGUUUUACUGUAUAGAGACUGUUGAGUUUUAGAAUUGACAUGAAAUGGGAAUCUCAUCCUGACAGAGAAAUGUCAGAAAGGAGAUUUAAAAGAAAAACUGGCAUAUAUUUCAGUGCACAUAAAUAAUUAACAUUGCUAAUUAGAAGUACAAGUAAGGCUUC